AUGUCCGGACGAAUCCUUAAAUUCGGUGGUGCCGCUGCCGCUGGUGGUGCCGCAUAUUACUUUUACAAAGCCGGUGGAAGCCCAAAAGUCGCAGAGAAGGAAUUCGAACAUGAUGCAGCCCGUCUAUCGGCCAACGUAAAAUCCCACCUCCCCGGAGCCGAAAAAGAGGCGAAGACCGCCGCCAAGAAAUAUGGUACGGAGGCCGGUAAGCAAUUCGACCAGGUCGUCGCCAACGCGCGAGAUCAGACAAGCAAGGUGGACCAUAAGCUAGAGGACUACCGACAAGGCGCGGAGAAUAAGAUCAAUACGGCACGGAGGGAAUCGGAGACGAAAUUGAUGGGUGCGGUGGAUAAGUUCGAUCACAAGGUGGAGGAGGGGGCGUCGAAGAGUAAGAGUUGGCUUGGCGGGUGGUUUGGUGGGAAGUAAGGUGGGAGUGGUGCUCGGGGACACGAUCGGAACGAGAUGAAUGUAUUAAGGCAUGAGGAUUGUUGGUUGGUUACAAUAUCAAGUUAUGAGUGUUGAGGCAUUGGCAGUGGAGUGUGUCCGUUCUGAUCAGGUUCGUUGGCCCGUUUGGUCCCAUAUUCAUAUUCAUACGACUGCCAAAUGAUAUCUCCUCCCCUUUAGCUCUAUUUCGAGGCCA